AUGUAUUUUUUUGACGACGAAUACAUGCAAACGCAAUCAAAUAAAAUGAAAGUAAACUUGUUCUAUAAUGUUUCGUUUUUCAUGCGAAACAAUGCAUCAAUAUGCUCCUGUCAAACCGACACAAAUACUGCACGGCUGAUGAAGAAAUCUUUCCCACGUGAUUAUUUUCCUAGGAAAAGUGUCAACCGAAGAUUCACGUCAAUACAAUAUGCACCCGGAAGGUUACUCGAUUCACCGUGUUUACCGCGCAAUUUUCUCUGGAACUCAUCGCAAAUUUUGAAUGGUAUCAAAGAUUCCUCUUACGAACAAAAUCAAAGUCAAAACGACGUAACUUCCAGGCACCAACAGAUUUUUCUUCAGAGAAUUUACCAAAAUGGUCACUCACCCAUCAUCGAUCUUGACAAGACUAGACAUUCGAAACAUGAUUUACCGAAAAAUCAAGUCCAAAGUAAUUCAAAGAAUUCUACAUCGUAUUUAAUUCCUAAUACUAUCGAAAGAACCUUCACUUCGGAACAGAGUAACAACGUAUCAAAUGACAAUAAAUUCGAAUUCCUUCCUUCCUCGCCGUUAUCCUCUGAUUCACCUGAAUAUGCGGUAGAUCCAGUAAUUUACCAUAUAUAUUCAAAUCGGUAUCUCGUUAAUAUAGAAAAUUUAAAUAAUAAUAAUAGCCCGAAGGAACCUUCAAGGAAUAAAGAACAAUCAUCGAAAAAGCUGAACAACAGAAAUAACAUUUUUACAAAAAAGAGUGAUCAACCAAUAAACAAUAUUCAUCCCUUUAAUCAUCAUCAUAGAAAGAACUCUCUGUGCAGUAUCGGAUCUUAUAUGACAUUACUGUUGAACAAAAAGUCAAGAGAUCAUGAUGAAUAUAACAAAAAAGAAGUAGAUAGCUUUACUAAUGCUUUUGGAAGUCUUCUAUCUGUGCAAAGUCCACCCGGUGAAAAAAAUAGACGAAUGAUAUUGGUUAAUCCUCCUUCGAUCCUGGGGAAUAUUAAGGAUAAAAAAAAUACUAGCUCUUCAAGUAAUAUAUUUUCAUUAUACGAUAUGGUAUGUCCGACGCCAUACCUUUCGAAAAAUCUUGGUCCCUACCUUUCGGAUUAUGAAGACCGUGAGGAUGCCGAAAGCGAAAAAAUCUUUGAAGAGGAUCACGAAUAUUAUGAAGAACCAGCAUUACCAUCUUCAGCGUUGUCUUCUUUAAAAUUUUCAAUCAGGUCUCCCAAAGUGAUUUCACCUACAUCUAUUUCACAACUCAAGCAAUAA